AUGCACUCCAUCCGUCGUCGAUUGCGCCAUCAAAGUGCUCCGUCCAGCGCCGCGUUCGUUCCGAAGACGCGAGCGAAUGACGAGACGGACAAUCCACUGCGCCGUCGCGAUCCGUCGCAAGUGUCCGCCCACCGCGUGUACGAUCCAUCGUCGGGUCUCGCGUGUUUCUUAGUGGGUAAGUGCGUGCCGUGUUCGGAGAUGGAGAAGACGGAGGAAGAAAAAAUGUGCCGCGAGACGGGCUACCGGCAGGAGCUCGAGUGUCCCCGCGCGUGGACGGCCUCGACGCCGUCGCUGGUAGCAGACCCCGAAGGGGGCGGCCAGAAGCGGUUCCAGUCGUGUUUUCCCAAUACAACACUCUUUCAUGGUGUGGCAGUGCUGAAGUUUGAGGCCGUGAUGAUCGUGCUGCUGAUUGUGUCGGUCGUGUUGCUGCGGCGGGAGCGCAGGAAACACUUGAGCGCGUUCAACUUGCUGCAGGACGCUGAGUGA